AGUUCCAAGAAUCUAGAAACCCGAAAACGUCUAGGUUACCAACGACUAACGCUUUUGUGUGGAGCGCCAAGUGCCUCGGUAUUUAUUUAUUUUAUCAGCCUAUCACAGCCUGAGAAUGAGGGCACAAAUCCAAAAGGUACCACAGAUAGUCGAAUUACUAAAAAAGAAGACGGUUGGGUUACAGCACUUCAAACCAACUUCUUCAGUGUGCGUCCUGGAUCCUAAGGAUGCCGGCGUGGUGGCACCUUGUCCGCACAGCCUUCCAUCGCAGACUCAAACACUUGAUUCAAUACCUGGACCCACCAACUGGCCCAUAUUUGGCAGUUUGAUCGAAGUACUGCGCAAAGGAGGUCUGCGAAGACAACACGAUGCAUUGGUUGAUUACCACAAAACAUUUGGGAAGAUUUUCCGAAUGAAACUGGGAUCCUUUGAAUCGGUCCAUAUUGGCGCACCUUGCUUGCUGGAGUCGCUCUACAGAAAGGAAAGCGCUUACCCGCAGCGUCUUGAGAUCAAACCCUGGAAGGCUUACAGGGACUUAAGAGACGAAGCAUAUGGACUUCUCCUUCUAGAAGGAAAGGACUGGCAGAGGGUGAGAAGCGCAUUUCAGCAGAAAUUGAUGAAACCCACCGAAGUCGCAAAACUUGAUGGGAAAAUAAAUCAGGUUUUGGCCGAUUUCGUUCGUAGAAUUGGAGAAGUAUCUGACAAUGGACGCAUUGAGGACUUGUACUUCGAAUUAAACAAAUGGUCAAUGGAGACGAUUUGCUUAGUUCUCUACGACAAACGAUUCGGACUUCUGAAAGACAAGGUGAACGAGGAGGCUAUGACCUUUAUCACUUCUAUAAAGACAAUGAUGAGUACAUUUGGUGUGAUGAUGGUCACGCCAGUGAAACUCCACAAAAAAUGGAACACCAAAACGUGGCAGGACCACACGACGGCUUGGGACCGUAUAUUCAACACAGCCAAAAUCUACAUAGACAAGAAGAUAAAGCGACAUGCCGGGGCAACAGAGCCUAGCGAGGACUUCCUCUGUGACAUUUACCGCCACAGCAACCUGUCCAAGAAGGAACUGUAUGCAGCGAUUACUGAGCUCCAGGUUGGCGGAGUGGAGACAACUUCUAACAGUAUGCUGUGGGCUAUUUUCAACCUAUCCCGUAACCCCUGCGCUCAGGAGAAGCUGCUUCAGGAAAUCAGAGAGGUCCUCCCUGCCAAUCAGACUCCCAGCGCCGAGCACCUCCAGAGAAUGCCCUACCUCAAAGCUUGUCUCAAGGAAUCCAUGAGGUUAUCACCGUCAGUUCCUUUCACGAGUCGAACCUUGGACAAAGACACUGUGUUGGGGGGUUACUCCAUUCCCAAGGGCACUGUGUUGAUGAUCAAUAGCCACGCUUUGGGUGCCAACGAGGAGUACUUUGAGGAGAGCAGCCGGUUCAAGCCAGAGCGCUGGCUAAAAGAGUGCAGCGACAUCAACCCCUUUGCCCAUGUUCCGUUCGGCAUAGGCAAGAGGAUGUGCAUUGGGCGGCGUCUGGCCGAACUACAGCUGCGGUUGGCACUCUGCUGGGUGGUCAGAGAUUAUGAAAUUGUGGCCACAGAUAAUAAACCUGUGGAUGCUGUCCAUUCCGGGACUUUAGUUCCCAAUCGCGAACUCCCUGUGGCUUUUAUCAGACGAUAAGGCUCCAUCAUUCGGACCUCAGAACGGAAAGUGAAUUAUUCUGGACGUGAAAGUCCAGAGAGUGACCUACACUGCUGCUUUGUAAAUAAGAUACAAAUAUAUCAGGUAUAUAUAUAUAUAUAUACAUAUAUAUAUAUAUAUAUAUAUAUAUAUAUUUAUGUAGUCUUGACCAAUGUACCUUUAAACGAAUAUGAAUGUUUUUAUUUAAGCUAUUAACUGUGAGAAUUAUCUGUUGACCAAUAUUCCACUUGGGAUGUCGCAACAACAGGCAGCUACACUUUACUGCCAACUAAUCUAAAACAAAUGCUGUCAGGAAAAAUACUACUGAAGUGAUGGCUUUUAUAUAUAUAUAUAUGAGAUGUGCCCUUGUAUAGAAAAUUAUAUAUGUUUCUUUCGUUGUGUUUAAAUUGAAACUAUACUGUCAACAUGAUAUGUGUAAUGUUGUUUUAUUGAGAAUGUAUUCAUACAAAAAUAAACAUAUUUUAUCCACAA